GAGGACCGGGCCUGGCCCCUGGCUCGGGCGGCCGGCCCCGCGUCCGGUGCAUGCCCCGCUCGCUGCCCAGGUCCCUCCGCGCCCGGGGAGAGGCCACCGGGCCAUGGCCCCCGCGAGGAGGAGCUGCAUCUGCGAGCUGUGCUCCUGUGGGCGGCAUCACUGCCCACAUAUUCCUACUAAGAUCUAUGAUAAAACAGAGAAACCAUGUCUUCUCUCCGAAUACACCGAGAACUACCCUAUCUACCAUUCCUACUUGGCCAGAGAGUCCUUCAAGCCCAGACAGGAGUACCAGAAAGGAUCCAUACCAAUGGAAGGCCUGACCACGUCAAGGAGAGAUUUUCAGCCUCACAAAGUGGUGCCAGUGAAAGUCCACCAGCCCGACCAGUUCGUCCCAAGUGAAGAGAACAUGGAUUUGCUCACGACACACAAACAAGACUAUAGCCCCUAUCCUGUUUGCCGAGUGGGCCCCAUCAGACCUCGGGACAGUAAAUUCCCAUGCGGUGACAAGAUGGAGUGUCUGCCCACUUAUAGAGCUGAUUAUAUACCUUGGAACCAACCGAGACAAGAGCUUCUCCGUCCACCAUACAACUACCGGCCGGGAUCCACCAAGUUUGACAGCAGAACCACGCACCAGGACGACUACUCCCUGAAGGGCCUUGUGAACACGAGGAGCUGUAAGCCUCCGGCCAUGGCCAAGCUCUGUAACAUCCCGUUGGAGGAUCUGACUAACUACAAGAUGAGCUAUGUGCCCCACCCUGUGGAGAAGUGCUUUAUGCACGAGGCAGAGAAAUUUAGACCCUGUGACAUCCCUUUCGAGAGCCUCACCACCCACAAAGAGUCCUAUCGGGGCUUGGUAGGGGAGCCUGCCAAGAGCUUGAAACCUCCAGCCAGGCCCCCGGGGCUUGACGCACCUUUCUCUAACACCACAGAGUUUCAAGAUAAGUACCAGGCAUGGCCAGCGCCCCAGGUGUUCUCCAAAGCUCCAGUCACCUAUGUCCCCCCAGAAGAGAAGAUGGAUUUUCUGACGACCGUCCAAGCCCACUACACUUACCCUAAGGGUAGUCCUGUUCAGUCCUGCCGCCCGGUGCUCCCAGUUAAGAAGAGCAGCCGCUUUGAAAGCUCCACCACCACCAAAGAAGACUACAGGCAGUGGGCCAGCACACGUAUGGAGCCAGUCAAGCCCAUUCCCCAGCUGAACCAUCCCACCAAGCCCUUGGACUGCCUGACCACCAUGCAGGCCCACUUCGUGCCCCACCCACCUACCAGUACCAAGAGCUGUAAGCCCAUGUGGUCUGGCCCUCGAGGAAAUAUUCCCUUGGAGGGCCAGACCACCUACACCAUCAGCUUCACUCCCAAAGAAAUGGGCAGGUGCCCAGCUUCAUACCCGGAGCCCCCUGGCUACAUCUUUGAGGAAGAGGAUGCUUUGGGGCACAAGAUAUACAGGCCAGUCUCCCAGACUGGCUCUGGGCAGAGCAGUGGUCUUUCUGUCAGCGAUGCAGAAAACCCUAACCAGAGGAAGUUGGCAGUAUCAGCCUGACUUUAAAAAUUGUUAUUUAGAAGUUACACAAUGCUUUUAAAAGCAAGCAAUGGAGAAUUAUUCCUUGGAAAAAAGAAGAAUUCCCCAAAAUGAGGAAAAACAACUUCAUCACCAGUUGCAGGACACUUGAAUAAAAUGAAAAUCACUUGAGUCAAGGAAAAUGAUAUUUAAUCACUGGCUGAUUAACUCCACUUGAUUCCCCUUCUACAGUCUUCCCCACCCUUGCCAAAUACAGAGUGCCAAAGAAUAAAUCUAUUUUGGGGGGA